AUGGCACCAAACGAGAUUAAACCAAAACAUGAAAAGCUUCUCUUGCAAACAGUCUACAAGGAUCAGAUAAUGCAGUUUGCAACAGAAAAACCUAAGUUCGCUGUCAACGAUGCUGUUCGUAUAAGUCGAAUCAAGAAAAUGUUUGAGAAAGGGCAUACUUUUAGUUGGUCAGUUGAAAUUUUUCGCAUUCACAAAGUACUAAACACCACACCGCGCAGUUACAUAUUAAAAGACUAUGACGGGAAUAUUGUUGGAGGCUCAUUUUAUACCGAAGAACUUGCAAAAACCAAUUUUCCUCAUCAUUAUCUCAUAGAACGCGUUGUUGGAUUGAAAGGAAAUAAAGUUAAAAUUCGAUAUUUUGGAUUCGGACCUGAGCAUGAUACCUAUGAAGACCGCAAAGAUGUUGAUCAACAACUAAUAACAGAUUAUUUAAAACAAAAAAAGAAAAAAUAA